UCCAGCGCAUGCGCAAUUCUGCACCUAAAAGACUGGGGGCUGGGGGUAGCCCGGUGUCUGGAGCCACCGAAAUCCACUGGACCCCGGGGCCUGUGACUGUGCCGCGCAGUGGUGGUUCCACACAAGGUCCGGCCCGGCCCAGCCCAGCGAGCCGGCCGCUCUUUGCAUCCUAGUGAGGGCCGCUGGGCCUAAUGAUGGCUUCUAGGCGAGUCAGUAGGGAAACUUUUGAUGCUGUCCUACAAGAAAAGGUUAAGAGAUAUCGCAUGGACCACAGUGACGCCAUAGAAGACGCUCUCCAUCAGUUUAAGUCUCAAGGUCUUUCAAGGUCAAUCCCAAGAUCAAGAGCAGACAGAUAUGAAGACAGUUUUCAUGAUGAUGGAAGAUACUCUCAUGAUCCAGUACAUCCUCGUGACACUUGGAGAGAAGACCUCAGGGAUGAGGUAUUUCCUGGACCUUCAUUUAGAUCCAGCAGUCCUCCCAUGAGUGAAGAAAACUACUACCAGGAAGAUUUUGGCCGGGAUCGGGACUUUUCUCGUGCAGACUCUCAGGACCGGGACUUCAGCCGGGUUAGUUCCAGAGAUCGGGACUUUGGCCACCAAGACUUUAGUCAUUUUGGUUCUCAGGAUCCAGAGUUUAGCCACUCAGAGUCUUGGGAGCAUGACUUUGGCCACCCAAGUACCCAUGAACCUUCUUGGUCUCAUGAGAGUGACUUUGGUCCUGAAGUUUUGGGUGACUUUCGAUCACCUGGCCUUAUGGAGGAAGAGUAUGUGGACAUGGACAGUCAGGAGUAUGAGUUGGACUUUUCAGGUGAGGCAGAUUAUGAAUUCCAGCAGUCAGUGCCUAGGGGCAGGGGCUGGGUGCGCAGCAGGGGCCGUGGUGGCCGGGGUGCUGUUGGCACUGCUGACCGGGGUGGCAUUCUUCAGAGUAAGCGGGUGACCAGAGGUGCACUUAAAACCAAAGUCAUUAAAGGGGAUGUCAGGAAAAUUCCCACCCUAAGAAAAGUGAACGCUAAAAAACUGCCCCCUAUGGUUCCCUAUCGAAUUAUUCCAAAAACUCAAUGUACUAAUCCAAUAAGAAAAACUAUUCUGAGGCCUGAUCUGAGUCCUGGGGUCACCCAAAGGACCGAAGAUGUCCAGCGUCCUGUGCGAAAGACUCCGUUGCGCCCCAAUCAGAAGACUAGUAGGCUGCCUAGAGGAGAGGUCAGUUUUGACCUAGUUGACAAUUCGGACAUUUUUUCAACAUUUGGGAUAGAGAUAAUCAAAUGGGCUGGAUUUCAUAAGAUAAAGAGUGAUAUGGAAUUUUCACAGUUGUUUGCAGCUCUCUUUGAGUUAGAAACUGAAACCUGUGCGAAGAUGCUGGCCUCCUUCAAAUGUUCUCUGAAACCAGAGCACAGAGACUUCUGCUUCUUUACCAUCAAGUGUCUGAAGCACUCUGCUUUGAAAACCCCCAAAGUUGAUAAUGAGUUCUUGAACAUGCUCUUAGACAAAGGUGCUGUGAAAACCAAGAAUUGUUUCUUUGAAGUAAUAAAACCAUUUGACAAGUACAUGAUGAGGCUCCAAGACCGCCUUCUCAAAAGUGUUACUCCCUUGCUCAUGGCUUGCAAUGCCUAUGAGCUAAGUGUUAAAAUGAAGGGUUUUAGUAACCCUGCAGAAAUGGCAGGUGCCUUGGAGACAACCAAUUCCCUCUGUCGUAAAUCUUUGGCACUUUUGGGCCAAACGUUUUCCUUAGCUUCCACGUUCCGACAAGAAAAAAUAUUAGAAGCUAUUGGCCUCCAAGAAGUAGCUCCAAUUCCAGCAGCCUUCCCUAAUUUUGAUGAUUCGACAUUGUUUGGAAGAGAGUAUAUAGAGCAUCUAAAAGCCUGGUUGGAGAAAAGUGGCUAUCCCAUCCAAAUGAAGAGGGCGGAUACUGGCUCCACAGAAGGGGUGGCAAGUGUUCCUUCUCCAAAUUCAAAUAUGAUAGCUGAGGCUCUAAAUGGAGUUCCUCAGCGAGCAGACAGAAAGGUUGUUGAGACAAUUGAAAAAUUUGUGAAGAGUAUAAUUGAAGGCAACUUGUCCCCAAAAGAAAGAGCAACACUAAAGAAGAACCCUACUUAUUGGUUUUUAUCUGAUGAGGACAGUCUGGAGUAUAAAUAUUAUAAGCUGAAGUUGGCAGAAAUGCAGAGGAUAAAAGAGGUUAAAAAAGAUGAGGAACACCAGCCAACUUCCGAGGAAUGUGCCGUGAGAGCGAUGCUGUACGCAAGGAGGGUCCAGAGCCUGAAGAAGAGACUGGUUCCCCGGAAGAGGCUCGGGCUCUUCUCAUCCUGGGGGAUCAGCGGCUGGAAGAUGAGAAAAGCAACUGUGGGGACACAGACCGUACUUUCAGCAGGGACCGUGCUGAAGCACCAGGUCAGACACGCCCAUGGGGGGUUCCAGACAAAGUCUUCUGUGUCUGAUGUAAACUGCCCUGAGAAGAACUCGCCAUCAGAGGAACCUGGACCUCUUCCCUGUGACCCCAGCCCAGGACCUUUGACCUGCCCUCCAGGAGCUGCUGAGACUGAGGCCUCUCCUGCCUUGCCUGAGUCACCCCAGACUCCCCCACCUUCCCAGUUUGCCAGUGUUGAUGCUAAGACAAUGGAUACUGCUGAGAAACUAGCUAGAUUUGUUGCUCAGGUGGGACCAGAAAUUGAACAAUUUAGUAUAGAAAACAGCGCAGACAACCCAGAUCUGUGGUUUCUACAUGACCAAAAUAGUCCUGCCUUCAAGUUUUAUAGAAUGAAAGUGUAUGAACUGUGCCCUUCUAUUAAUUUCACAAAAAACCCACCAAACCUCAAAGCUGGAGAGGGUAUGAAAUCUGGGAAGGCUUCAGAUCAUGGGGAAGAAGAGGAGCAGGAGGAAGGGCUUGAGGGAGAACAUUCUCAACAAGGGGCUGGACUAGAGUUAGAACUGGGACCUGAGGAAGAAGAAGAAGAAGAAGGUCCAGAAGAUGACACGACCUCCAGAAUUGGAGAAGAAGCUGGUAGAGCGUCUCAGUCAGAGGGGAUCCCCUUUGAGGAGGCACAGACCACGGGAGCGGAGGGCGAUGGUGCCACUUUAGCAGCUCUGUCCCAGUCCUCUGCUUCGAGUGCCUGUUUCCCUCGAAAGAGAAUCAGCAGCAAAUCACUAAAAGUUGGCAUGAUCCCGGCUCCCAAGAGGGUGUGUCUUAUAGAGGAACCUAAAGUUCAUGAACCUGUGCGAAUUGCUUAUGACAGGCCCCGGGGACGCCCCGUGUCCAAGAAGAAGAAACACAAAGACUUGGAAUUUGCUCAGCAGAAACUGACUGACAGGAAUGUGGGUUUUCAAAUGCUUCAGAAGAUGGGCUGGAAGGAGGGAUAUGGCCUGGGCUCACGUGGGAAAGGAAUUAAGGAGCCUGUAAAAGUGGGAACUACCUCUGAAGGGGAGGGCUUGGGUGUUGAAGGGGAAGAAAAUAACGAAGAUACAUUUGAUGUUUUCCGUCAAAGAAUGAUACAAAUGUACAGGCAGAAACGAGCAAGUAAAUAGGUUUGCAGAAGAAAUGUGUUACAGGCUGGAAACGCCGAUGUUUGACAAAGCUGCUGCCCUACAGGCUUUCUGGUGAUUUUUAGUUCACUUUGACAAUGUGCAAAGGGAUUUUCUUUGGCACAGUGAACUCAGAAGUUAAUGUUACCCACCUACUAGUUUGCCAAGCUUCAGCCUUGCACGUGCUGCACAGGCUGACAGUCUAGGUGCCAGCUUACCUGGAAGAGACUCCUUUUGACUUGCAGAAUUCAUUCCGUCGUUUUGCCAAGGUUUUGUCUCACCGAUGAAGAAGGCCUGCAUCAGAGCCCAUAAAGGAAACGAGAUGAUUCCGUAGUCAGAAGAAGACCAUUCCAAACAUUUUCCUUGUCUAAGUUUAAUUAGUGCUGACAUUUUUUUCCAUUUCAUUUUCCUAUUCUUUUUCAGAUGCCUUCUUUUUUUCCCACCUAUUCCCCAGCCAGACUUUGGACAAAAUAGUUGUCUUCAAGGAACAACCAGGCAACAUUGAUUAAAGAUAUAGCCCCAAGGUGGUGAAUCUUGAAAGCUUUUUUUGCUGAUCUGCAUUAACAGCAGAGCCAGUGUAUCCCUGUGGAUGGGCAUAGUGAAUGCAUAUACCGAAGGAAAUUUCUGUCUUUGUUGCGAAGAUUGUUUUUUUGGGGAAAAAACCCUAAAUUUCCAGAAUCCUUUUUGUUUAUUUGUUUUUAACCUUUGUUUAAAGCUCUUUUAAGCACAAGUCUUUUUCAAGUCUUUUCAUGGUUUCCGUUUUUGCUCCUUGGGGAAGCAGAAAUGAACUAAAUCAGUUUCUUCUUGUCCUACCAGAAGGUAGCACUAAAAUGAAAUUCAAAAUAUUGAAAUGCCCAUUCUCAGAUAUCCUAUCUUGUGUGCUUAAAAAAAAAAAAAAUGCAGUUGUUUCUGAUCUGAUUGAACAUCCAUUGACCUCCAGAAGCUCUGUCAGCAAACCUGUCCUUUGCUUAUGAGACCAAAUGUAACCCAGGAAUGAUUACAAAUCUUCCUUUCUAAUUGCCUUUCUGAAUUUCAGUAGAAGACAAAUUACAGUGCCAAAGCAGAAGUUCUUCAGAAGACUCGGAAGUCUUUGGACUCGACAAGUGUGUUUACUUGUGGGCAAAUCUUAUAACUUUUCAGUGUGUCUUAGACGUAGUACGGUUCUGCAGUAGUCUUAGAUACCUGUGUUCAGUGGGGAACAGUCCAUUAGACUGCUUACCUUCUUUCUCCCCAGUUGGCAAGGGGCCUAAGAAUUCAUAGAUUGUGCCACAGUCGUUAAAAAUAAACAAAAAACAUACACUUUUGUGUCCUGCCCAUUGCCUCUUCUGUGAUGUAUUUUGAAACUAGUAAGAACUCUUCCCUUUUUUGCAUGUGUAGCAAUGGGUAAAGGAUUAUUUUAUUACAGUCCUUGUGAGGGAAAGAGAAAAAAAAAUAAUCCUGUCUUGGAAUUUCCAGUGCAUCUGUUUCUUAUUUAAAAGACUACACAGCAGUCUUAAUCUAUCUGGCACCACAAUUCUUAUACCUACAUGCAGAAUUCUUAAGCUACCAGAAAUUAAGUCCUUUAUGAUAAAGUGUCAGUGUUGAAGUUUUAAACAAGUGUUAAAAUGCAAGACAGCUUGGGAUCCUCUUCAGUAAAUUAUCACAGCUGUCCUGCUGAUUCAUCUGUAAAGCUAGAGGACUGAGCAAUCACUUCUCUUAGGAGAGUGACAGAAAAGAGAGAACUGUCUUCGUUUUGGGUUCAUUAAAGAAUCAUUGCUUCCCCAAAGCAAAAAACAAAAACACCUUCCAGCUGUGAUGACCAGGUUUCUUUUAUUACCUUGACUGUCAGUAAUGCCACUAAGCCAGGCCCCCAGGAAUGUAAUACCAUGAUACUUUGCCAGGCUGGACCCUCUUUUCCAGAUGCUCUCUUGAAAUUGAUCCAGCUGCCAAAGCAAAAUCCCAAUAGGUAUGCAGUGUGUUCAGUCUCACUGGUACGGUGGUAUCUUCUUGUGCCACCUGGCAGAUGCCUCUGCCUUUCGACACAGAGGAGUUUAAAGUAUCUUGAUUCAAGACCCAAAAACAAUUCUUACUUUUCCUUUGCGAUUUGGUUUGGAGAUGCCAAGGAGUUCAGCCCAAAAGAUGAAUGAACAAGCCUCCUUCAAAAAAGUUUAACAAAACAUUGGGCUGCACAGCUACAUUACAAGAAUCAAUGUAGGCUUCUUUGGGAAAUUUGGGAAUAGCAAGAAUUUAUGUGGCUUUUUCUGGACCCUUAAUACAGAGGUGCAUUCCUUGCACCUUUUUCUUAAUUUAUUCUUAAUUGGCCAUUGUAUUGACGAAUUAAUAAUGGUCUUUUGAAAUUAGACAUUCAUCAGUUGUGGUCAGUUUUCAAGUGUGGCUUUAUGGAAGCAAUGUGAUUGGUCUCUGAAAACAUUUUUCAUACUCCCUCAAUAUGGGUGUAGCUCUUUGCAGCUCAUCCACAAGAGCCUUUGAUGCUAUUAUUGCCACUUCACCUCUUCUUCCAUAUUGACUUCUUGGAAGCACUUUCAUUCUUUCAACUAGUUAAGAGUUCUGUUUACAGUUAAGCGAGUAUAAAUCAAGAGUGUGGCUUCCCAUGUUGGGGCAGUCCCACUUUCUCAGCCACCUAGAUCCUAGUCAUUAUUCUGGGAAUGUUUUGGUUUGAGCUGAGACAGAUGGUACAGUACCAUUUUGGUGUACAUGAAAAUAACCUAUAAAGACUCAGGUUAUAUUCCCUCCUGAUUGCAAUUCAUUGGAAAGCAAUUUGCUGGAGUAUAACACACUCUUGGAAAGAAAUGUGAAUUGUGGUUCUUAAGGGAGUCUUAAACUGCUGUCCUGGAUAAUUGUGGUAUGGUCGGUCUUUCUUGUACCAAACUUCUGUUUGGGGCAAGAUGCCAGACGAGCGGCACUGGUACUAAGAUUCUAGUGUGGCUCAUGUCGGGUUCCCCGUACUCCCUUUGUUUUGCUGAGAACGGCCCGCCUCUCCUUUAUGAAAGGAAUCUCCCCCCUCCCCCCGCUCUACUCUGCUUCUGCAGGCUGAAUUGAAAAUGCGGUACAUAAGAUGUUGCACAAAAACACUACUUUGUUAAAGUUACUAGUUUCUUUUCUGUUAUUUUAGUUUCCAGGGUCUCUUCGUGAAGGCUGCAAGCAUCAAUGAAAAUUUUAACUUACUUCCAUGGUGUGUUUACUGUCUCUUGGUUUGUUUUUAUCCUGGGUAAUCUUGUAGUGAAUUUUAACAUGUUCCAUGUAAAUUGACAGUGCUAAAGCCUAGAAGAUGCUUGUGAUGAUGGAAGUUGGAUUUUUUUUUUAGUUGUGAACAUUGUUAAUCUUUUAGCAGCUAUAAUAAAUGUAGAGAGAAAACAUU